AUGGCUUUAGCCCUGGAACCUAAAGAACAAAAAGGACCUGUGAUUAAAGCAGAGAACCAUUAUUGGGAACAGGACUCCAUCUCACAGAAGUUUAGUCAUUGUAGGAGAGAACUCUUCAGACAGCACUUCAGAAAGCUCUGCUAUCAGGGUGCACCUGGACUCUGUGAAGCUCUUACCCAGCUUUGGAGGCUCUGCCACCAGUGGUUAAGGCCAGAAUGUCACACCAAGGAGCAGAUUUUAGACUUGUUGGUGCUAGAACAGUUCCUGAGCAUUCUUCCUACAGACCUGCAAGAAUGGGUGCAGGCACACCAUCCAGAGACUGGAGAGGAGGCAGUAACUGUGCUGGAGGAUUUGGAAAGAGAGCUUGAUGAGCCCCAAAAGCAGGUCCAAGCGAAUUCAGAAAGACAGGACAUACUCUUGGACAGGUUGGCCCCCUUUGGAAUGCCAAGUGAAUUGCAGACUGUCCAGCUUCAUCCCAAGAAGACCCAGCUAGAACUCAAACCUGGGAAGCUACAUAGGAAUGGUGACAAAACCAAGACUGAGAAUGAAGAAUUAUCCCAGAAAGAUGAUAUGCCCAAAGAUAUGGAAUUCCUUGGGGAAAUAAAUGACAGAUUUAGCAAAGAUCUUCCUCAGCAACCUGAAUCCAAAGAUGCUAUUGAAAAUGAGGGUAGGUUAAACUGUCGACAAAGGGAAAGAAGACAAUAUAAAUGUGAUGAUGGAAAAAGUUUUAGUCAAAGCUCAGCUCUUAGUAAACACAGGAGAAUUCACACUGGAGAGAAGCCCUAUAAGUAUGAUGAAUGUGGAAAAACCUUCAUUCAACUCUCACAUUUUAUGGGACAUCACCUUGGAGUAAAACCCUAUAAAUGUAAAGACUGUGGGAAAGGUUUUAGUAGUAUUAUUCAGUGUGAUGAAUGUGGAAGGCCCUUCCAUGAAAGUUCAAUUCUUAUUAGACAUCAAAGAAUUCAUAUAGCAAAUAAGCUCUAA